GUCUAAGACAGAAUACCUGGAGUGUAAGUUUAGUGCAGAGUCGAGCAAAGAAGAAGUAGGCAGGGUCGUGAAGCUUGGAUCUCAGGCCAUCGCCCAGAGGGACAUUUUCAAAUAUCUGGGGUUGGGGCAGGGUGGUCGAAAUGGAGGCUUGCAUCAGGAGUCUUGUGUGACAAGAAAGUGCCAAAAACUCAAGGGGAAGUAUUAUAGAGCUGUGGUUAGACCUUCCAUGUUGUAUGGGGCGGAGUGCUGGCCGGUGAAGAAAUCUCAUGUUCAGAGAAUGAAGGUUGCGGAGACGAGAAUGCUCAGGUGGAUGUGUGGGUUCACCAGGUUAGAUAAGAUUAGGAAUGAAGUUAUUCGGGAAAAGGUGGGUGUGGCCUCGGCGGAUGAGAAGUUGCGGGAGGCGAGGCUCAGGUGGUUCGGGCAUGUGCGGAGGAGAAGCCCAGAUGCCCCGGUGAGGAGUUGUGAGCGUUUGGAGGUGGUUGGCGCAAGUCGAGGCAGAGGGAGGCCAAAGAAGUAUUGGGGAGAGGUGAUUAGGCAUGACAUGACUAGUAUGUGGAUUUCCGAGGACAUGGCCCUUGAUAGGAGAGUCUGGAGGUCUAAUAUCAGGGUUGUAGGAUAG